GAGUGGAGGAGAGGUGGAGCUGGGAAAGCACCAGAAGCAGCAGCUCACAACUGAGCUGAGAGUGUGUGGUAAACAGACGAGAGGCGGCAGCUCAGCCUCCUCUGCUCUCACAUCUGGAAAUAACCUGGACUCUCACACACACAAACACACACAAACACAUACACACAUACCCACACACACAUCUGGAGUGGACUAACGUCAACUUUUCUCUUUGUAUUUAUGUGUUGAUUCCUUCUUUUUCUGCACCUCGGAGGAGAAAACAACAGGAUAAAGAAGAGGAGAGGAGAGGAGAGAGAGAGCUUGAUGCUUCAUGUUUGGGAUUUCACAGAGAGCGAAGCCAGCCCUUUGAACAUCCUCCCACUGAUGAAAAAUCAGGAAUUUCUCCGCACAAAUUAGCCGGAGGACAAAAAGCACUGAGAGCCACAGAGCAUUGCGGGUGAGAGUGUGUGUGGAAACCUUUAAGUGGUUACCGCUGCCACUGCCUGCGUAUGAAGUGAAGUGGACAGGAUGCUGACUUCUUUGAAAAUCUGAUCCGCGACUCGGGGCGGUCUGUGGGCGGCAGACAGCUGGGGCCGUGAUUCACAAAACCCGACUUGGUGUGAAAAUAAAGAGAUGCUACAACUAAGACGAGGCUCCUCCGUCACGAUAGCAGCUGCCGAGUGAAGAGACAGAAACUCAGCUCGUGGAGGAAUUGAAACUUGAUGCUUUGUUUUGCAGCAGGGACCAAAAACAGAUCUGGAGCCUGGGUCUGUUUACUGCAGAGGAUAAUGAGUUUGACAUCCACUUGAAGCUUGAACGAGGAGUCAAGAGGCUGAGAUUCUGGAGGUUCAAACAAGACGCACCGGAGACAGGGUCGGCAACUUAUUCAGGAUCCUACAGUCAAAGGUACAGAGGUGCAGCUAUGGGAUAAAUGGAGGUGAGAGGAGGUCCUGCUGAAUGCUCUGCACAGCUGGUUUUACUUCUUUUUUUUUUUUGGCUGGAAUAAAACAAAUGGCAAAGGAGAAUAUCUAAUACCACAGUGAACUUGCACCUCCUCUUUUUUCCACUGUCCAAAACACCUGGAUCAGUUUUAAAGUGACUACACUUUGACUGUGCUCAUUGUUUUAUCCAUCACCGUCUCCCUUACCUUUCAACCUUCCCUAAAUAUUUCUCUUUUUUUCUUUAUUCCCCUGAGGAGAAAGCAAACAGAAUUGGAUUUUGGCUGCUUCCACCCUGCUAAACAAAUUACGGAGCUCACCUGGUGCUUUUUUUUUUUCGAUGCAGCCACCUUUUUUUUGACCUCUCCAGAUGGCUGCCGUGUUGGCAGGUGGACGCAGAUGCAAUCGCCUCAUUCAACAUUAACCUGGUUAGACAAAAUAAACGAUCACGCUGGAGCACGAGCUCACGAGAGAGCAUUACAGUGACAUUUUUUUUCCUGCCCUGCAGCUCGAACGCAACAAAGCAAAUAAGGUUUCUGCUUCAUGAAAAUGACGAGAGACUGAGAGAGAAAGAGGGAUUUAAAUAUUUAAACUGACAGAUUUCCCAGCAACAGGACAGAGAAUUUUACUUCCACAUGUAAAGGGACUGGUGCAAGAUAAAGAUGAAAAACAAGUACAUAUAUAUACAGUCUCAUGUGUUAGUUUGUCAGGAUUUAUGUGAAGUGCAAAUUCUGUCAAAAUGAGAUGAAUCACACAGCGUGAAGGAUGUGAAAAAUAAACUACAAAGCAUUUACACCGGUCGUUCUAAAAGGGGAAAAGUAACAGAGAAAUAAGCUGGGUCACGCAGAGGAAACUGUAAACUGAUGCCCUCAGCCUGCUGCUGGCAUCAUGUUGUAUGUUGUUGGUAACGCCGGUUUUCUGCAGGGUGUGGUGGCACCACUUUUUAUAGCAGCAUCACAGUCAUGGUGGUCUAUUGUUGUGCUGUUAGUUUGUCUGCAGCUCCCACAGCUGAGCCCCGUCCAGGCCACCAUCUGCCAGUCCCAGGGUUCGUCCCAGGCAGGCAGAUGCCUCUGUGCCUCUGACAUCCUCAGCUGCACCGCCCUGGGUCUGGAGCAGGUCCCCAGAGAAAUGCCUGUCUCUGCUGUCACUCUGGAUCUCAGCCACAACCAGAUCGAUCAGCUGAAGGGGGGCGCCUUUGAAGGACUUUCUAGAUUGGAGACAUUACGCUUAGCUCACAACCAACUGACGACUAUUCACGAGGGGGCAUUUCAAAACACCUCUGGAGCACUGCUCCGACACCUGGAUCUGUCGUCCAAUCAGCUUCGUGUUUUGGAGCAGCACUAUUUCCAAGAGUUGUCUGGACUGGAGGAACUGCUGCUGUUUAACAACCGUAUCGUCCAGGUGGAGAGCAGAGCUCUGGCUGGACUGGGAAGCCUCCGUAAGGCCUACCUCAGUCAUAACCGUCUCACUCACUUCCCCUUCUUCUCCAUCCAAGAGCACAGCCACCCUCAUCUGAUCAUGCUGGACCUGUCCUCAAACCGCCUGCUCAAACUACCCCUGGAGGAUAUAUUAAACUUACCCAUUCCAGUCCAGAGAGGACUCUACCUUCACAACAACUCCCUGGAGUGCGAGUGCUCGAUGUACGGACUGUUCAGGCGCUGGGAACAGAGGGGAUACGACUCAGUGAAACACUUCAGACAAGAGCACACCUGUCGGGUCUAUGGGAUACAGAAAGGCACCGUGCGCUUCUUCCAGCAUGGCCGCUACUUUGAAAAAUGCAACCUGACUGCGAUGAAUCUGCCACUCAGAGAGCAGGAGAGCAGCGUUUCAGUGAGUGUGGGGAAGGCGUUGCUGCUGCACUGUGUGACCACUCUCACCGGCCGGAGUGUGACCUUUCUCUGGGUGUCACCAAAUCUGGAGUACGUGGCACCGCCGGGGAACAACGGCUCGUUUAAGAUGUUCACCAACGGGAGCUUGGAGAUCGUGGCGGCGCGUGCGGAGGAUUCCGGUGUCUACUGGUGUAUGGCCCUGGACCAGCAGCAGCAGCGUAAUGAAACCCGGGAGGUCAACGUGACGGUGGUGCUGCACCACGAGAGCGAGCCUCACGAGUCCUUCAACACCGGAUUCACCACCCUGCUGGGCUGUGUGGUGAGCCUGGUGCUGGUGCUCAUGUACCUGUACCUGACGCCCUGCCGCUGCCCUCCCUGUCCGAAGGCCCUGACCCCGGCCACCCCAAGCGUGGGGAAUGAGGCCGGGGUGGGGAGCGCCCAGUCCUCCAUCCUCACCCCCACUCCGCCGGCGACCACCGAGGGCCCGGGGCGCAAGGUCAGUACCAACAAGCAUGUGGUCUUUCUGGAGCCAAUCAGAGAGCAGCAGAAUGGCAGACUCAGGGCGGGGCCGGGAACUGGGGCGGUGCAAGGACACCUGGGGCCAAGUUUACUGCUAGGGCCAGAACAGCACCCAAAGCUCCACAGCCAGUCGCAGCAGAGGGCGGGGGAGACAGACUCCAUCAUGUCCGUGUUCUCAGACACACCCAUCAUGUUGCCAUAGAAACGGGACAAACAGAGAUAGACACAGGCUGGCACUAUGAUCACCUCUCACUCACUUUCUUCCUCCUCUGCCUCUCGGUUACCUCCUCACCACCCCCCAACCCCCACCCACCCAUACCCACUGCACCCAGCACUCGACCUGAGCAAAACAGUAAUCCAAUACUGACUAAGAGCUUUCUGAAUCUUUUCUUUGCGAGGCUUGAGGCUAAUUCAACUGCCUGAGAAAACAGAUCAAGUGCAAUUCUAAGAGAUUGAAAACUGUUAACCAAAUUUGCAUAUAUUAAGGUUUGCCCAGGUCUGCACACAGCCAUGAACCAAUGCACUGUGAUGGGAGGGGCACUCAGAGGCACAGGGUCCGGGACGGUGCUCACGGACAAGACACAGGAAGGAGAAAACGAGAGACGUAGGGAGGACGUCAGAAUUAAAACAGACCAAAGAUAGAAAGCUUAAGAACUCUGAGAGGAGCUGAAAAUACUGCCUCAUAGUCUGAGCGAGGAAACGGUGUUUGAAAACGGAGUUAAAAGACAAAGAGUGCAGAAACUUGUCUAACAGGACGUCAGGGGUGGGGGAGGUAAAGACGACGAUGAGCAUGGACUGCUACUGAAAAAACAAAGUGCGCAGGGCUGUCCCUUUAAGCACGGCUUGUACCUUUAAUAAACAUUUGCUACAGAUGCCUUCUAGUCUCAUACAGAGAUGUAGAGAAAAAAAAAAUCUUUUUGUAGAGCUUUUUAGCGUCUCCUGUUUUUCUUCUUCUUCUUUUUUUUUCCCCCCUCUUCCCAGAGCCGGUGUGUCAGUUGAUUAGAGCCGAAGAAAUCUGCGUAGUGUAGCGCUGUCACAAUGUGAAAUGUUUUAGAGUAGACAAGCUAGAGAAGAAGAGCUUUUAGCAAGCAAAAAUAGAAACUGUUUUAAAGGAUAAGGUUUGAUUCUGGACUCCUGUACCCCUCCUCCUCCUUCUCCUCCUCCCUCCUCCUCCUCCCUCUUCUUCCCUCUGGAACUUGAUUACUGCCAUCAGUCAGUUGAGCAUCAGGAAAACAAAAGGGAAAAUAAAUAAAUAAAUAAAUAAACCACCUCUGGAACAUCAGUUGAGAUUAUUUAUGCUGGAGAAGAAGAUCCAUUGUUCACUGAGUUCAUUUGGAGACAGAAGAAUUUCUUUUCUUUGUUUUAAGGGUUGAUCAAUCGGCUUUUUUUCUUUCCUUCCUUUUUUAUUUCUCACUGUGUCUGAGGCGAUAAAUGUGAAACUGAACCGGUGACGAAGAAAAGAUUUGACUUUGUGUGGUGAACCCUCAGUGGGAUUGACAGGACAAUCAGGGCAGAUGUGUGUUUUGUUUUUAUUGUCUUCACUGUACUCACUGCACCCCCCCCCCUCCCCUCCUUGCACUGCCUCUCUCUCCUUGUCUCUUGUCCUCCCUUUAUCUGUGUGUUAAUAAACCUCUGUAUCUGGACCUUG